AUGUUCGGGGAUAGAUCGACAGCGCUUAAGAAGCUCUCGGCGAGGCAGCACGUGCUAUUGACACUGCACAAGAUGAAGAUGCGGCGUAUUUUUCUCAUUGUAAAUGCACUGCUACUGAUUUUCGUUUUCUACACGUCGUAUUGCUUUCCACAGAAAUUUGUGCGAGUCCAGGGCGAAUGUGACUCCAAUUGGUUACGUGUAGAUGCACCAGAUAACUCAGAGACCAUUUGCUGCAAGAACGAACCGGGAGGCUACGCAGACGCUCCUUGUUACAUUGGCAUGGACCUCAUGCCCGUGCUGGGGUCUCUUAAAGGAGCAUGGGUGAUCCCGCUGUCAGCAUUAGUGCUCAAUUAUGGGUCUAUGAUGCUUGGGCCGGACGUGACCAUGCGUCGCGUUCGAGUGUAUGUGCGUCGUGGUUUGCUGUAUGCUGCAGUGAUGACGUUACGGACAGUAGUGCUGUACAUGGGACUUGGUCAGGUGGAGAAGAAAUUAGGGUACCUUGUCUUAGGGAGCUCGGAUCAGUCGUGCUGGUACGCCGAUCGACGUCGUGGCAAGCGAUGUCCGAUUGGUUUUGACCACUCGGAUCAUAUCGUCCUUCUGGUGAGUCACUACAUGGCGAUCUUACUGUUCGAGUGGUUUGCACUGAACGUCGAGAGUGUUGGACCGAGUUUGAAAUGUACGAUGCUACGCUCAUGGAUCGUCAUCGUUGGGGGAAUGGCGACGUACUUGCUCUUCUUUACGGCAUCGUACUUUCACACAACCGCUGAGAACCUAAUGGGGCUAAUCAUCGCACAGGUAUGUGUCAUGUUGCCACUAAUGCUCGUGACUCAGGACUACUUUACCUCGUAUAAGUGGUUGCGUCUCCACAACUUUGUGCUUCAACCCGACGACAGCAAGACGGACAACUGA